UUCGCUUUUCCGGUUUUUCACUUCCAAGCUAAGUAUGGCGGCCGCAGCACCCCCCGGAGUGGCAGAGCAAACACCUAAAGCACCUCCGCAGAGGGCUGUGCCGUUUGACUUGUCCCAGCCUCCAAAUAUCCAAGGCUUCAACCCUUUGCCUAAGACCAAAGAUGAAACAUUCAAAGAAAAGUUUGUGAGGAAAACCAAGGAGAACCCAUUCGUCCCAUUAGGUUGCUUGGGAACAGCGGGAGCACUGAUGUAUGGUCUCCGUGCCUUCCAUCAAGGGAAAACCAGACAGUCCCAGCUGUUAAUGAGGGGACGCAUCUUUGCUCAAGGCUUCACUGUUGUCGCCAUUAUUGUUGGUGUUUUUGUCACGGCUCUGAAACCUAAGCAGUGAAAUGCAUUGAUGCCACGUCUGCCGUUGUCCAUUCAAACUGCGGAAUCAGACUUCUUUGGAUAAACUGAGUGAUGUAUUGUGUCUUUAACAUUGUUCAGAUACAUAUGUUAAUGGCAGCAUUAUUUAUUGCUGUUUAAAAACUGUGAAUUGCUCACAGUAAAUGAGUAUUUUGCUUCACGCUCGCAGUGUGGAAAGUAGAACCAGCUUGUUACCAGACAACGUAAGCAAGCUGAACUUCUGUAACUAUACUAUAAUGAUGUUGAAGCAAAAUGCUGAUAAAUGUAAAUUUUCUUGCUACAUGCUCACGAUGAGCUUGAUUUCAAAUGUAUCCCACAAAUUCUUACUGCCAUUAUUAUUCAUUAUUAUAUUCUAAUAUAAAUUCACAUUUGAA